AUGCACCGCAAGCCCGCUCGAUCUGCACGAAGCUAUGGAUGGGUGGUGCUGGGGGCACUUGCAGGCUUCACUUCGCCAUCCUUUGUGGCACCUCUGGCCAGGCUCCGUGCUACGAAGAGUGCUCGUUUUGCUGGUGACAAGGUGCAGCCCGUUCAGCCGCAGACUGGUGAAGCCACAGGCCUAGCCAUCGUGGGUGCAGUUCUUGGUCCUGCUGUUGAUGCCAUCCACAACCAGGCGCUCCUUCGCUAUGAUCUUCUACCGGUCAGUGCUGACUUGGUCGGGUGCGGUGUUGCACGUACAUCGAUACUGGUGCCGCCGCUGCUUGCUGUGGCCUAUGCGCUGCUGGGGAGUAUCCUUCCAGCAGCAGCCGCGUCGAUGAUAGGAAGCUGCAACACCAAGAACUUGCCACUGCUGAGUUUGGACCCGCAGAGACGAGCUAUUCUGGCUGUUGCGUCCACAUGCAUUAUCAUCAAGGCGAGCGAGCUGCUUCUGACAGCUGGCUGGAACGGUCCUGAAGCUCUUCCUGUUUUGAUGGCGAUGGCCUUUCUCCAAUGGGCAUCUCUGGAUGGUCGCCCGUUUGCACUGUUCUUGGCGCUGUUGGCUGCUAUUGGCGGACCGCUGUGCGAGCUCCCGCUGAUGUGGCUGGGGGCCUGGCACUAUACAGCUCCUGACUACUGGCCUCUGGCCUACUUUGGCUUUGGACCAGCAAGUGGGGCUGCUUGGGCUGGGUUAUCCAUGACCACAGGGCCUUGUUAUUUCGCAGUCACCACGGACGCCAUUGCUCUUGGCAGGCUUUUCAGAAAGCGCCAGUGUGCUUAA